UGUCAACGGUCAACUAACUACCCCUUAUACUAUAUAUACAUAAACAUAUCAAAUUCCUCAAUUCCAUAGAUUUUGAAAUAAGAAAAAGAAGAAAGAUUCGUCAUUUCUCACAGCAAUGGCAAUUGCAGGUCUCUACCGCAGAGUCCUUCCCUCCCCUCCUGCGAUUGAAUUUUCUUCCCCCGAAGGAAAGACGCUUUUCGCCGAGGCUUUAGGAGAUGGAACCAUGGAAGGGUUUUUCAAGCUUAUUUCUUACUACCAAACGCAAUCGGAGCCUGCGUAUUGCGGACUCGCCACCCUUUCUAUGGUCCUCAAUGCACUUGCUAUUGAUCCAGGAAGAAAAUGGAAAGGCCCUUGGCGAUGGUUUGAUGAUUCAAUGCUUGAUUGCUGCGAACCAUUGGAUAAGAUUAAAUCUGAAGGGAUUACAUUUGGCAAAGUGGCUUGUUUGGCGCAUUGCAAUGGAGCUAAAGUUGAGGCUUUUAGAACGAAUGAGAGCUCAGUCGAAGAGUUCCGCAAACGUGUAAUCUCGUGUUCUUCUUCAGAGGAUUGCCAUUUGAUCACUUCAUACCAUAGAGGAGUUUUUAAGCAGACUGGAAGUGGUCAUUUUUCACCAAUUGGAGGCUACCAUGCUGGAAGAGAUUUGGUUCUCAUAUUAGAUGUUGCUCGGUUUAAAUACCCUCCUCAUUGGGUUCCUCUUACACUUAUGUGGGACGCAAUGAGCACUACCGAUAAAGCGACAGGGCACCCUAGGGGGUACAUGAUUAUUUCAAGGAUUGAGCGAGCCCCAUCUAUUCUUUAUACUGUGAGUUGCAGACAUGAAAGUUGGGGCAGUGUUGCAAAGUACUUAACCGAAGAUGUUCCUCUCCUCGUGAAGUUGGAGGAUCUAAAAGAUAUUCAACACGUACUUUCUGUAGUUUUCAUAUCACCACCUGCUGAUUUGAGAGAGUUCAUCAAGUGGAUUGCAGAAAUUCGUAGACCAGAGGAUGGAAAUUUAAAUUUGAGUGAAGAAGAAAAAGAAAGGCUAACCGUAAAGGAAGAGGUAUUGAAACUAGUAAGAGAGACUGAACUUUUCAAACACGUAUCCAGAUGGUUGGCUUCUGAAAGUUCCCUCUGCAAAGAAAACAAAUCUUCUGGGGACGACAACACAUUACCUGAGAUUGCUGCAAAGGUUUGCUGCCAAGGAGCACAAAUUUUGGCGGGGAAACUUUGUUCAGUUAAUGAAAUGUGCUGUAGACAAACUGAUGUUAAACUUUUAAAGAGUGAUGGCGAAAGACCUGUAACAGUUGUAUCAGGGAGUGUAUUGACAAAUGGAACCGAACAAGGUGUUGACAUGCUGGUACCCUCAUGCCGAACAGGGCGAAGUAGUUUGUGUGCAUUUGAACAAGGCAGUUGCAGAGGUAUGCACCCUUCAACUGGUGAUGUCCUUACAAUACUUCUAUUGGCCCUGCCCGGACAAACAUGGUCUGGCAUAAAAGGCGAGAAGCUUCGGGAAGAUAUUACUGGUCUUAUAACAACCGAAUGUCUCCCGACAUUGCUCCAAGAAGAGGUUCUGUACUUGCGCCGACAAAUCCAUUUCCUCAUGACUGACAUUGCAGCCUCUUGAUCAGCCUAUAUUUGCUCCUCUGCAGAAUCUUCCAUUCCAAACUGCAUAGUGCAUACAUUAAGUUGAGACAAGAGAAAAUUGACACUUUAUUCAAGGCUUGGUGAAACAAAAGUUGAAAGGCUAUAACAAACAACAAUGCUUGUGAACUCUUAAAAACUACAUCACAGCCAAAUAACAUAAAAACUUUUAACUUCAUAUUGUUCCUUGGAGAAUUACCACUGCAUUAUUGGCAUACGAUUCAAGAGUAAAUGCUUUAACCAACUUUUGUAUUUUACCCCUUCAACUCAAAUAAUGAACUCAUUAUUAUGAGCUAUCUGUACUUGUCAAAUUGCGUGAAAAAGAAGAAUUGUCAUCGUCAGUUUUUUUCAUUUCGAAGAAAAAAAUAAAGUGGCUUAUCCUUAUUGGAGGAGAAAUCCAAAGGAAAGAGCCAAGCUGUACGACUGUUGCAGCAUUGUCCCCAACGAAACCUUUAUAUGACUUGUUGAGCAUGUACUCAUGUGGGUUCCACUAAUGAAAAUAUAAUAAAAUGGUACCAUAUUACCACUGUUUGAUUA